CUAUCACUACAAAAAACAAUUGGAGAGAAAGAAGAAGAAUUAUCUUGACAGAAAAAAUGGGGAGGAAGAAUGGAGUACAGUUCGAUGAAGGAGCACCCGAUGAUUUCGACCAGAAUAACCCGUACAAGGAUCCGGUAGCUUUCUUAGAGAUGCGGGAGCAUUUGGUGAGGGAGAAGUGGAUCGACAUUGAAAAAGCCAAGAUCCUCCGUGAAAAGCUCCGUUGGUGCUACCGUAUCGAAGGUGUUAACCAUCUUCAGAAGUGCCGCCACCUUGUUCAGCAGUAUCUUGAUGCAACCCGUGGUAUUGGGUGGGGCAAGGACCUUCGUCCUCCCUUUAUGCAUGGGCCUAAGGUGGUUGAAGCUGUUGAGUCCGAAUGAUUCUGCUAUCUUAGAUUUGUAUUUCCAGCUGAAAGUAUAAACUUCAGAGGUUGUUGGGCUUAACAACUAGUGAAUUUCAAUGUAUCACUGCUUCUGUUAUUCACUGCUUAAGACCUGAUUUUUAGUUUCCUGUCGUGUGAAAAACGAAAUCGGUUUGCAAUGGCUUUAACUUCAGCCUCGUACUUUUUUUUUUCUGAGGGAAACUGUAUUUCAUAGUGGAAAUAAAGAAAAAACUCAGUGUCUUCCUUAUUGGUGUCCUAGUCUUUGUUUUAUGCUUUCUCUAUCUUGCGUGUAGUGUUGGUCAUUAGUCAUGAUUAGAGGCUGGUAUUUUUGUAUUCUGUGUUGUAAUAUUGGAAGCUCUUGAGAAAAUUAGCACACUUUUUCUGUGUUAAUUUUGAUCUAA